GAGUAGGUGCCCGCACUUCUCUUCCACCGACGACUGGACUAACCCCUCCUCCUCCUUUCUCUCCCCUAGAUGCGAAAUUCCUGUGCCAUCCCGCUGCCUCUCCUCCCACCUGAUCACCAAGCCGCCUCCUUUUCUCUGCCAUUUUUUUCCCCGGUCCCUAUCACCUCCAAGAAAGGGGAGAUUUCUCUGGUCUUGGUUGGCCUCGAGAAACUCCGCCAAGAUUCGGAUUUGCCGGUUCAUUUCUGGAACCACCGGCGGCGCUUUGAUGUUUGACGAUACCAUCCGAUGGAGGAGGUAGGGAGAGAACACGACAGCUCGGUCGUGGUGGUGGCCGUGGAGGAUUUCAGCGCGGCCAAGGAUACAUCAACCGUAAACACAAAGCCUACAAGGAGAUACCCGCUCGCCUCGCUGGUCGCUAUACUGGCCUUGAUCACCCUGGUGGGCGUAUACAUAUUCUCGCUCUCCCUGAAGCAAAACGGGAUGCUGUUUGGGCUCAAGCAGACGAACAUGAUCGAGAAGGAGAGGGAGCAGCCCUGCCAUAACUCCAGCGUUCCGGAGAGCGAGAUACCUUAUGUGCACUACCCUUCGCCGGACACUUACAGCAGGAAAGAAUGCGCGUGCACACCAGUUAGAUUCUUUGCUAUCUUGUCGAUGCAGAGGUCGGGAAGCGGGUGGUUCGAGACUCUGCUGAAUAGCCAUGAGAAUAUCAGCUCCAACGGGGAGAUUUUCUCUGUCAAGGACAGGCGGAGUAACAUCACAGCGAUCACGAAGACGCUGGAUAAACUGUACAAUCUGGACUGGGUCAGCAGCGCUGCUAAAAACGAGUGCACGGCUGCCGUGGGGUUGAAAUGGAUGCUCAAUCAGGGUCUAAUGAAAAAUCAUCAAGAGAUAGCAGCAUACUUCAACCGAAGGGGUGUAUCUGCAAUUUUCCUUUUAAGAAGAAACCUUCUCCAGCGUUAUGUCUCUAUAUUGGCAAAUGAUUACGAUAGAAACACCAAGCAACUAAAUGGAACUCACAAAGCACACGUGCAUCACAGAGGCCAGGCAGAUGUUCUUGCUCAGUAUAAGCCAACAAUCGACACAAAAUCGUUGAUUGCUGAACUGAAGAGAUCUGAUAAGUUGGCAGCCGAUGGUUUAGCGAGUUUCAAGAAGAUACGAAAUAUUGUUCUGUACUACGAGGAUGUGGUCAGCAAUCACACUAAGCUCGCAGAUGUGCUGGACUUUCUUAAAUUGCCAAAGACAAAGCUAUCCAGUCGGCAUGUGAAAAUCCAUACUAAACGAUUGCGCGAUCACAUUGAUAAUUGGAUUGAUGUUUAUAAUACUUUGAAUGGCACUCAGUAUGAGAGCUUCUUGAACGGCCGAAGGUGACCAAAUUAGCUAAAAGAUGUAAAUAAUGUUGUAGUGGGUUUUCCAUCUUUUGGCCCCUCCUUUCCCCCCUCAUGUAGCUAGCAGAGUAGUCAGAGUUGGCACUUUUUGUCCAUCAUGUGCUAAUCCAAAGGGUUCGUUUAUUUUAA